GAGCGGAAAUGGCCGAACCGAACGAUUGAUGAAGCACCGGUUCUGUUGUCGUGCGAUCUGCGCGAUGGCAACCAAUCGCUCGGCAGUCCCAUGACGUUUGAUCAGAAGAUGGAAAUGUUCCUCCUCCUCGUGGCGCUGGGGUUCAAGGAAAUCGAAGUCGGCUUCCCCUGCGCCAACACGACCGAAUUCGACUUUGUGCGGUAUUUGGUCGACACGCCUGGUCUGAUUCCCGACGACGUCUGGAUCCAGGUCCUUUCGCCGUGUCGCGAAGACGCCAUUCGGACGACGAUCGACAGCGUCCGCGGCGCCCGGCAGGUCCUGAUCUUCACCUAUCUGCCCAGUAGUGACCUCGCCCGGCAGACCGUCCUCGGCCUGACCGAAGCGCAAUGGAUCGAUCAGGCCGUGCGAGGCGCCCGCUGGAUUCGCUCCCUCACCGAAGACGACGUCGAAGGCAAGGGCAAGAGCAAGACGCGCUGGCGGUUCGGCUUUGGCUUCGAGGAUUUUGCUAGCGCGCGGGCCGAGGCGGUCAUUGCCUGUGCCGAUGCCAUUUCGGCAGCGUGGCAGCCGAGCCGUGAAGAGUGGAUCUACCUGGGCGUGGCGUCGAGCGUGGAGGUGUCGCAGCCGAAUGUGUUUGCGGACCAAGUCGAGCACUUCUCCAACUCCAUCGCACGCCGCGACUGCAUCCGUCUCGCGGUCCACGCACACAAUGACCGCGGCACAGCGGUGGCGAGCGCGGAGCUGGCGUGUCUAGCAGGCGCCCAGCGUGUCGAGGGCUGUCUGUUUGGCAACGGCGAGCGUGCCGGCAACUUGGACCUGGUCACGUUCGCGCUGAACCUCCUGGCGCGCGGAAUCGAUCCGACGCUGGAUUUGCGCCGUCUCGACGACGUGCGAGGCCACUGCGAACGCCUGACCGGCAUCCCCGUACAUCUGCGAGCGCCGUACGCGGGCGACUACUCUUUCCGCGCCUUCAGUGGUGGUCAUCAGGACGCCAUCAGCAAAGGCAUGCAUCGCCGCGCUGCCGGCGCUUCGUCCGUCAACGGUGGCAGCAGCCCCGUCUGGCCGCAGUGGCGCAUCCCAUACCUGCCAAUCGACCCAGCCGACGUAGGCCGCUCCAUCUACUCGGUCAUGGGCAUCACAAGCCAGAGCGGAAAGGCGGGAGUGGCCAUGGCAGUCCGCACCGGUCUCGAGCUCGACGUCCCCGUCGAACUCGCGCGGGCAUUCAGCCGAAGCGUGAAGCAGCGCUCGCUCGACGUGGCAGCAGAACUGUCGGUCGAGGAGACAUGUGCCUGCUUCCUCUCCACGUUUCGUGUCAGGGAAGCCGUCAAGCUGGCCGCCGAGCAGUUUAAUGAACACACAGACAACGCAACAACGGUAGCG